AUGGCCAGAGGACCAAGAAAGCACAUGAAGAGAGUUGCUGCUCCAAGACACUGGAUGAUGGCAAAGAUGGGAGGUGUUUAUGCACCAAAGCCAAAGCCAGGAGCUCACCCAAGCAGAGAAAGCUUGCCACUCUUGUUGUUGUUGAGAAACAGACUCAAGUAUGCCACAACCGCCAAGGAAGUUAACGUUAUCUUGAAGCAAAGAUUGGUCAAGGUUGAUGGUUUGGUCAGAUCUGACAAGGGAUUCCCAACUGGAUUCAACGAUGUCAUUACCAUUGAAAAGACCAACGAACACUUCAGACUUUUGUUCGAUACCAAGGGUCGUUUCGUUAUUCACCCAAUCUCUGACAGAGAAGCCAACUAUAAACUCGCCAAGGUUACCAAGAGAGGAACUGCAUCUCAAGGUGUUCCAUACAUCCAAACCAACGACGGAAGAGUCAUUAGAUUCCCAGAUCCAGCUAUUAAGGUCAGUGAUACCGUCAAGGUUGACAUUACAACUGGUAAGGUCACCAAGUUCGUCAGCUUCGCUGCUGGUAACUUGUGUAUGAUCACUGGUGGACACAACAAGGGACGUAUUGGUGAAAUCGUCAGCAGAGAACUCCACCCUGGUAGCUUUGAAAUUGUCCACAUUAAGGAUAUUGCUGGAAACAACUUUACCACUCGUGCCAACAACGUCUUCGUUCUCGGACAAGGUCACACCUCCAUGAUCACUCUUCCAAAGGGUAAGGGUCUCAAGUUGAACGUCAUUGAAGAUAGAAAGAGACAAUUGAAAUUGGUAAAGAAGUCCAAGAAGGCUGGUCUCAAGAAGAAGAAGUCAGAGACUAAGUAA